AUGUAUUCUGAAGAAAUAACUCUUUUCUCUUCUCUCUUCUUUUCUCUUCUCUCUUCUUUUCUCUUCUCUCUUCUUUUCUCUUCUCUUCUUCUCUCUUCUCUCUUCUCUCUUCUCUUCUCUUCUCUUUCUCUUCUCUCUUCUCUUCUCUUCUCUCUUCUCUUCUCUUCUCUCUUCUCUUCUCUUCUCUCUUCUCUUCUCUUCUCUCUUCUCUUCUCUUCUCUCUUCUCUUCUCUUCUCUCUUCUCUUCUCUUCUCUCUUCUCUUCUUUCUCCUCUUUUCUUCUUUCUCCUCCUCUCUUUUCUCCUCUCUUUUCUCCUCUCUUCUCUUUUCUCUCUCUUUUCUCUCUCUUUUUUUUUCUUUUUCCUCUUUUUCCUCUUUUUUCUCUUUUCUCCUCUUUUUUCUUUUUCUCUCUUUUUCUCUUUUCUCCUCUCUUUUCUCUCUUUUCUCCUCUUUUUCUCUCUUUUCUCCUCUUUUUCUCUCUUUUCUCCUCUUUUUCUCUCUUUUCUCCUCUUUUUCUCUUUUCUCUUUUUUUUCUCCUCUUUUUUUCUCUUUUCUCCUCUUUUUUUCUCUUUUCUCCUCUUUUUUCUCUUUUCUCCUCUUUUUUCUCUUUUCUCUUCUCUCAUGA